AUGCAGGUGAAGCUGCCAACAACAACAACAGCGCCAGCACAGAAGAAGAGCUGCGGCCGCGUCGAACAAGACUUCCUCGGCUCGACUCCCACACCUCUUCCACAGGCGCUCACGCCCCGGCAGCCGCCGAGGCUUCCCUUGGUUACGAGUCACCUCGGUUCGGCUACGAUGGAUGGGGUACGUCGGCAAACACCGCGGCGGCGAACACCGCGUCGGCAUCGGGCUGGGCAUCUUCGUGGAGUGCGCCUCGGUCAUCCACGGCACCCGCACCGGGGAACCCCAGGGCGGCACCGCACGUCCCUUGGUUGGCGACGCACACGCAGUCGCCCAGAAGGACGUUUGGUGGCAACGGCAGCUCCUUUGGCGUCUCCGGCCAGCAGCAGCAGCAGCAGCAACGGUCCUCUCCGAUACCGCCAGUGA